AUGAAUCAGGAAUACACACGCUACCGUGAAGUUCAAUUACGAGGUUAUGAGAAAUACAGAUAUCGACCAUACGUAAAAGAAUUGAAAGAGACAGUAUUGAUUUGUAAUAAAAAACUAAGAGCAUUAAAUCUACAUGAUCACCAAGUGGAGUCAUUAGAUCGAUCAAAUAGUGUCGUAAAUUUUUGGCGGUUCACUACCAGGUUUUUCAAGUUUUCCUUAUUCAUGGGGUUGAGUCUACCAGGUAUUUUCUUAUUCAGUCCUGUAUUUAUUAUUUCCAGACGAAUUUUAAGAGAAAGGCUAAAGAGGCAUUGCUUCACAACAAGUUAUCCAGUGCUAUUGGAUGGAGGUGGUGCAAGUUUUGAUGAGAACUUGCAACUAAAGCAAAUAUUUCAGUCAGUAUUCUUUGUCGCUGCGAUACAUGCUCCAUUUACGCAUAAAUAUUUGUUACAUUUUAUAGAGCCAGGUAGGAGACGGUCCGAACUGAUCCCAUCUUCUGCAUCAAAAUGA